CACAAAUAGGGUCAUAAACUGAUUUUGAGUCUAAACAUUAUUAGAGUUUUGGAUCAAUCUUGCUUUGCUUGAGCAUCUACAUGGCUAACUGUGAAUCAUCGGUGAGUUCAAGUCCUGGAGAGCAGUUUCGGUUUGUUGAUCUGAAACUUUCCAGAUUGAACGAUGAGGAAAUCAAAAUCCAAGUGGAGCAAACCCAUUUAAAACGUUACUCAUUGGUGCUACGUCAACCACUUCUCGACUCCAUUUCCCAUAUCCUGGAGCCUGCCACCAAUUUUGUUGAUUCAAUAUUGCUGAACAAAGUAUCCAAAAAUGGGACUGAGUUAGAGACCAAUAAUAUUUUAGAGCUUAACUCAACAUUUUCAGAGUUGGAUGCAUUGGUAGGUGGUCGAUGUUUCAGCGCUCGCACUCUUCUGGAGAGGGAAGUGCCUAAUAGAAAUAUUGUGUUUGAGGGCUCUGAUCAGCUAGAGGAGUUUUCAACCAUAUCUGAGCUUAGGACAUUGGCAAGAAAUGAUUAUUUCAUGAUUCCCACUCUUCAGAUGGACAAGACUGCAGACGAUGCUGUGCAGAGGUUUGAUGAGAUUAAUCUUCAUAAGGUGUCAAUGGAUAUACUCGAAUAUCUAAGGCCCUUAUCAUGGGAUGCAAAGGCAAUAAAUACCAUGGCCUGUUUAGUUUUCAAGUUUCUAGAGUUCUUGGGAUUCUUGCUUCAUGGUCUUAACCAACCAAUAACUGAAUUAGCCUCAUCGAUGGCAGCUUUAAAAGAAAACCCUAUUUCUCUUAUGGGCUCCCCACUUGAGAAAUUUGAAGUACCACUUGAUCGACUUAACAAUAUCACUAAGCUCACAUUGGAAGUGAUUGAAUGCAUCUUUGAAUUAACGCUGUUGUCAGACACAGAGCACAACAAAGAAAACCUCUUGUCAACGUCUGCAUAUUGGGCAAUUCUAAGUUCGAUAACUUGCUAUAUCCAAAUCAAUUUGCUCAUGCGAAAUGGGGAAGUUGCAUUGGAAUUGUCCCACCUAAAAUCCAAUCUUAGCCACAUCCUAAACGAUCUCAGGCAUUACUGCACAAUUUGCAAACCACAAAUAGAGGAGAUGGAGGUUCAUUUGCAACACAUUGCAUUUUUUGAAGAUGCUUUUGGCAAGAAAAAGAAAUUAUCGGACACUCCUGCUGAAAUGUCAGAGCUGAUGAAGAGCUUCAUGUACUCUAAAGAUGGUUGUCAUUCAUUCAUGAAUGGUUCUAUUAUGUCCCAAAUUGAUUUAGAGGUGCUAAAGGAGAAAGCUGUCAUAUUCUUUAUUUCGGACCUAGAUAUAGACACUUGGAAGUUGACACAUCUUCAAAGUGUGCAUGAGCAAAUAAAAGAAGAAGAUUACUAUAAGAUUGUGUGGGUUCCAUUUGUGUUAAAAUGGACAGAAGAGAUGAGACAGAAAUUUGAAAAUUUAAAAUCAAAGAUGCCAUGGUACAUGGUGUGCUAUGAUUCACCAAUUGCUGGUGUCUGCAACCUCUCCUUUCUGGUCUACAAACAUGGUCUUUUAGUUUUCACAAUCAUUCAGUCCGUCAGAAUUACACAAGAAAGAGCCCACCCGGUUGGCCCUGAGGAAGGAGGUUUUGGAAUGUCCUAUGAUCUUCUUUGUGGUCGAGCUGGAUUUUUAUGGGCUGCUCUGUUUAUAAACAAACAUCUUGGACAAGGGACAGUUCCAAAUGACCUUGUCAUGCCAGUUGUUGAAGCUGUGUUUGUAGGAGGCUGA